AUGGACACCACAAAGGAGAAGACGGAAGUCCUAACGGACCAUGGAGACGCAGCACUCGGGUCCUCUAGCAAGGUCGUGGGCGAAAAUGCACGCCUUGCCACUGAGGCCGAGCACGAUCUGACCUUUUGGCAGGCCAUGAAAAUCUAUCGAAAAGCCGUGGCCUGGUCCGUCAUUGUGUCCAUGGCCACAGUCAUGGAGAGCUACGACAUCCAGAUCAUCGGCUCCUUCUACGCCUAUCCAACCUUUCAGAAGAAGUACGGCGAACAACUCCCAAACGGCAAAUAUUCCAUUGCCGCGCCCUGGCAGGUGGGCCUCACCGCAGGCGCGAACAUCGGUAUCAUGAUUGGCAUCUUCGCCAACGGAAUCUUGGUCGAUAGAUUUGGACACAAGAAAUUGUUGCUCGCCUCGUAUGCGCUAAUGACGGCCUUUAUCUUCAUCACUUUCUUCGCGCCAAACAUCGAGGUCCUCUUCGUGGGUGAAGUCUUGUGCGGACUCCCAUGGGGCUUCUUUGGCAUCCUCGCGCCGUCGUAUGCUGCAGAAGUCUGCCCCACGGUUCUUCGGGGCUACCUCACCACAUUCGUUAACCUCUGCUGGGUCAUUGGCCAUAUAAUCGCAGCCGGUGUCCUUGAUGGCUUGAUAUCAAACCCCACGGAAUGGUCGUACAGGAUCCCCUUUGCCGUGCAAUGGGUCUGGCCUGUUCCACUCUUCUUCAUCCUCUGGUUUGCGCCUGACUCUCCUUGGUGGCUAGUACGCCAGGGACGUUUCAAAGACGCCGAACACGCUCUAUCACGCCUGUCUGAAUUCAACGAUGAAGAUAAUAUCCAUGUCAAACGGAAUCUGGACAUGAUCAUCUAUACCAACCAACACGAAAAGGAAGUGAGCGCCGGUAGCAGUUACCUCGACUGCUUCAAGGGCACGGAUUUCCGCCGCACAGAGAUCGCCUGCCUAGCCUGGACCACACAGGUCUUCUCUGGUUUCGCCAUACAGGCCUACAUCACUUACUUCUUCACACUUGCCGGCCUGUCGCCAGGCGACUCGUAUAAGCUCGCGCUAGGCACCUAUAGCAUCGCCUUUGUCGGGACAGCCAUCUCUUGGUUCCUGCAAGCCUACAUCGGACGACGAAAGAUCUUCCUCUGCGGCCUCGCAGUAAUGACCGUGAUCAUGUGGAUCGUGGGAUUCCUCGCUCUCGCACCAAGCACAGGCAGCAUUGCAUGGGCGCAGUGUGUCCUCCUGCUCGUCUGGUUUGGAACCUACGGCCUUAGCGUUGGGCCAAUCCCAUUCGUCAUCGCGAGUGAAAUAUCGUCGAGUCGCCUGCGCAGCAAGACUCUCGGAUUGGCGCGAAACAGUUGCUAUAUAAUGGUUAUUAUCAGCGCGGUUGUGGCACCGUACAUGCUCAAUCCAAAGCAGGGAAAUCUCAAAGGCAUUGCUGCGUUCCCGGCUGCGUCAAUGAGCUUGUGUUGCCUCGUGUGGGCGUAUUUCAGGUUGCCUGAGACCAAGGGCAGGACGUACAUGGAAUUGGAUAUUCUCUUUGAGAGCAAGGUUUCGGCCAGGAAGUUUCAGGGAUAUGUUAUCAAUACCUUGGAUGUAGUUGAGUAA